AUGUACCUGAUCACCGUGUUUGGAAACCUGCUUAUCAUCCUGGCCAUUAGCACAGACCCUAACCUCCACACCCCCAUGUACUUCUUCCUGGCCAACCUGUCCUUUGUAGACAUCUGCUUCACCUCCACAACCAUCCCCAAGAUGCUGUGGAACAUCCAGACUCAGAGUAAAGUCAUAACCUACACAGGCUGUGUUACUCAGAUUUAUUUCCUUAUACUUUUUGCUGUGUUGGAUGUCUUUCUCCUGAGUGUGAUGGCCUAUGACCGCUUUGUGGCCAUCUGUCACCCCCUGCACUACACGGUCAUCAUGAACCCUAAGCUCUGUGGACUGCUGGUUCUGAUGUCCUGGGUCACUGUUGUCUGUUUAUUUUAUUGUACAAUGCUUGGUGUGUACCUUAGCUCUGCUGCUACCCAGAGCUCCCAUGCAAGUGCAGUGGCCUCAGUGAUGUACACGGUGGUCACGCCCAUGUUGAACCCCUUCAUCUACAGUCUGAGGAACAGAGACAUAAAGAGCGGUCUGAGAAGAAUCAUUGGGGUUCCAGUGAUGUAA